GCAACUAGGGUUUUGGUGGGUUAUAUUCUCCGCACUGCACAUUUUUUUAUACAUGGAAGCAGCUUCCUCGAAAGCAAAUGCCACCAUCCGUCCAAUAUCCUUGCAUGCAUCUAUAUAUUCCACUCCAUAACCCAUAACUUCCCCUCACCAAAUAAAUCAAAAACAAACCAAAGCUUCUCUUCUCAAGAUAACCUUCUUAAAAUGGUUGCUGCUACUGAACGUAGCAUGAGUACUUGUCUUAGCAUUGAAAUAGAAAUCUUUCAAGCAAAAAAUAUAGAAGUCAAGUCCCAUGGGAGCCUUUUUGUUAGAUACUAUCUCUCUGCAGGAAAGAACAAAAGAAUCCAACUGAAGAGCCGAGAAAUCUCCUCAAAGUCCAACCUCUUUUGGAACGAGUCCUUCUCAUUGGAGUGUAUAGGCACUGAAGACUCCAUCAACAACCUAAAGCAAGAGACUGUAGUUUUCGAGCUCAGAUGGAGAAACACAAAUCCAAUCCUUGCUAAAAUAUUAGGAGGGUCACAACUCCUAGGUAGAGCUGAGGUUCCAUGGAGAACAGUUCUUGAAUCACCAAAUUUGGAAAUGGAGAGGUGGGUUAUGUUGGUUCCAAAGAAGGGUAGUGUUCCUGACGACGUCAAGCCUCCUUCAGUGCAAAUAGCAAUGAGAGCUACAGUUCCAGAAAUGGCAGAGAUGGAGAAGAAGAACAGGAGAGAUGGCAGGUUGAGGAAGAGGGAUGAAUGUGGUUGCUGCAAGGAUAGUAGGUGCAGAUGUGAAGAUUAUGAAAUUUUUGCCCUAGUGGUUGCUAUGGAAGCACUAUAAGCACCAAUGGUUGGCAAAUUAAGUACCCACUACUUAUCUGGUGUCGACAUUUCUUCUACAUGCUUUUCACAAUUGUUUGAUUGGGCAUGUGGAGAUUUUGUCAUGCUUGCAUGGUAGUCAUGAAUGUAUGUAUAUGCAUGAUCAGGAUAUUGAAAUUAGAUUUAUUGGACUCUUCAAAGAAGGGUUUGUUCUCCAAAACACUUGUGCUCUUGUAAUUAACUCUUUAAUUAUGGUC